AUGUCCCACGCUCCACUUCCGGCUCAGGUCCAGGCUCAGGCUCAGGCUCAAGUAAACCCCAAGAGCGUCGCAGACACGACAAGCCCCCCAGACGUAACAACCCCCAGCACCUCCCCAAUCGUAAUGCUCCGCGUAGGGCCAGAAAAGCGCCUCUUCGCAGCCCACGAAACCAUCCUAACCACAUCCUCAUUCUUCGCCGCCCACUGCGCCGCCCAGCAAUCAUCUCGAAGACCACGCCCACCCCUCCAACCACCAGGCAAGCGCAUAGACCUCCCAGAAGAACAAGCAGAAGUCCUCUCCUGCGUCCUGGAAUUCCUCUAUAAAGGCGACUAUUACCCGCGUCUGCGGCAUAAUAGCCGUACACAGAGCUGGGAGCUGGAAGACGCGGGCGUCUCGGGGACUGGAACUGGUGAGUUGAGUCAAGCUACGGCGACGGUGUUUCAUCACCAGGUUGGAGGUGUGAUUCUACGAGAUACGGCGAUCUAG